CAUCACGUCAAUCCCACGAGCCUCUUAUCCAUUCUCAUUGAACGACGGCGGGAAGCAAAUCCAACUAGAAAAACUCACAUUGGGCUUAGGGAUAGUCAGGCUCGAACUGAUGACUUCCACCACGUAGCCGAUUCCAACUUCCUUUAUUUACUAUAACUCAUUUUGAAUCACCUUAGCGAAAAAUUUGGCUCAGGGAGCAUAUGUAACACAUUUUGAUGGAGCCUACGGGGCCAUUUCUCAAACUGUGCGAAUACGAGAGAGAGUGUGGGACAGGAAACAGCGAAGGAUUUCAGCAGCAGACAAACUUGCCAUUAAAGGAAAACCACAUGCAAAAAAAGAGAAAAAGGGUCAACAAAAAAACAAAAAGAUUAGCUUAAACACCAAAUACAGACCACUAAAGAAGGAAAAGAACUCUACCUUGCAUUCCAAUUGGUCUAAAAAAUAUUCCCAACCUAUGAAAUCUGAAAAAAGCAAAGGCAAGAACGCUUUUUUAAGUAUAAAAUGAAUUGAUUGGUGGUGCAUUUCUUUUGGUUUGAUAUUAUUGUAUAUUAUAUGAAGAUGAAAAAUACUUAUAAAGAUUUGCAUAAUUUGACAGAGAGAGCAGGGAUUUUACAUUAUAAAAUCACUGAAAGAAUUAAUUAUGAAGGAUUACAUUUCUGUAGAGAUUGUGCUAAAAAUGGUCGUUACUGUGGAAUUGCAGACCUUAGAAUAGAAGAUAAGGAGAAAUUGAUUGCCAUUCGAGACUCAUUGAAGGAAAUUCAGAACAUGCUUGAGUUCUACCAGACAUUACAAUCACGGCAGCAGAGACUAUACCAUGGAGCAUUUGCCCGUUUAGAAGAAAGCAGAAUGCUUCUGCUAGAAAAAAUAAACAAGUAUCCAACAUGGGGAAGUAAACUAGACUUAAUUGAAGAAUUAAGAGAGUGUUUAGUUGAAGGAAAAGUUGCAUUUCCUGAGAAUUUGGCAGAAAAAAGAGAGAAGAAAAUUGAAGAUGAGAACAACAAGAAGAACAGUUCAAGUUUCUUGGUCAUUUGCAUAAGAGGUUUAUUUAAUCCAUGGAACUGGUUUCGUACUACAAGAAUUGCUGCCGUAGCGUUGAUUGUUGCCUCUGCAACCAUUUCUUCUCCAGUUAGCUUUUACAAGAAUAGGCUGCAAGAUAAGAAGAUCAUGCCUGUACCAAGAAUGAAGAUUGAUUAUUUGGAUCGCCAACUAGCUGUUUCAGCUGGAAAGGGAUGAAUAUGAUCAUAUCUAGUAUUAUUUUUUAUCAUAAUUUUGUCGGGAUACCUUGCUGAUCGGGUUGGCUAAGUACAUGUUGUUAGAAGAUGUACAGACGAGGCGUAGAGAUACGUAGUCAAUCAGGUUUUGAUUGGAUCAUCGAUAUAGAAACGCCUGGUAUGCAUGGUUUCAGACUCUUUAGAUGUGAUUAUCCUCAAAUACAGGUAUAGCACAGACUUCAGUUAUAGACGUUAUACGUAUCAUAGAUUCAUAUACAGUCAGAAUCAGUCGCAGAGGCAGGAUUUCCGUUAAGGGAAGACUGUGGCCAGAUUUUUCCUUAUAUAUAUAGUGUAAUUUUUCAGCGAAGGGAACCCCAAAAUCCGUCCCUGAUCAGAAUACAGAUUCAAAUGUGAAUUUUCAUAAUAUAGUAAAGUACCAGAAACAAUUUCAGCUCUCGGUAUACAAGAGAUAUGUAUUAAAUUUACAGUAUUGAAUUGCAUGUUGCUUUUCAACUCUUACUCCAACAAUUACGGAUGGUUAUAACCAUCUAUUCACUGCCCUCGGGUGUUAACGGUCAAUGGAGUGGGUGAAAACCAUGAGCAGAUGCGGAUACAAAAUUUGAAGUUUAUGGAUUCCUACGAUAACUUUAAGUAAAUGUCCAGACAUAUACACUAUCUGGACAGAAGUUACUGGCUUCACGUGAACCAGUAUGUCAUAGGUAGAUCCGCCCCUGACCAUGAGUGAUAAAUAUUUAAAUCCCAACAGAGACGAAAAAUUGUUUGAUGCUUGUUUCCCAUCCGUGUAAGUCUUGGUAGUCAGAUCUCAAAUAUUUGUGUUUGCUGGAGGCAACAAUGGAAUAGUCAAGGCACGCGGAAACUCGCCUGGACACCAUUUUAUUAUUUAAAAACAAUAAAAGUGCUGCAGAAUUAAGGAAACUGAUAAGCUAGCACUAACAUAUUGAAACCUUAUUGAAGACUAAUCAUCAUACAUCAUUAUUCUAAACACACUUACUAAUUCUAGUUAGAUUAAAGUUUGCAUAAUCAUCCCAUAUUUUUCUUACUCCUACUAAAACAAACUUAACACAAAACAUAUCAACAUUAUAGUACUACUACAACAACUAUGCAUCAAUUCCAAAAAGUCGAGAUUUGCUAUGAAUCCUCACUGUUCAUGUCGCUGAUUUAUUUAAGUCCAUCUUACUUCAAUAUUAUGAUACUAAAUUACAACAAC